AAAAGAAAAGAAAAAGAAAAAAGAAACAGAUAGGAAAGUAUUUUGUGCGAUCGAGAAAAAGAAGCAAAAAAGUUCGAAAAGAUAACAAGAGGCGAGAAGAUGCCUGUAAUUGAUCGGAUCUCCCUCUAUGAAACUCGCUCGUUGAACGUCAUUUAAAGGUCGCCGGCGAGUAAUCGAAAACAGACAAUGGCGUAGUUCGUGUUUUGUGCUAUCAGCUGAUACGUUUCGAUGGGCCGUCGUGCUUGACAAAACAGGACACCGUGAGCAGUAAACCUGGUCUCUCCUCGUUGCUGAAUAUCAUGUUACGAUGCGUAGUACCGUGUGCAUUCUAACAAGCUAACUCGAGGCUCCGAAAAGUUCUCCUUUCAACUUGUAACGCACCGACUCCAUUAUUCACUGUCAUUGAGCAUAGUGUUUUUAAUCUGGGAUUCUUUCUAACAAUGGGGGCAGCUGUGAGCAGUGGGGAAAGUAAUGAUGAAUUGGUUGAUAAUUUAAUGAAAUAUGGAUAUAUAAGAACAAGAAAGGUGGAGCAAGUUUUUAGAGCUGUUGACAGAGCCGAUUACGUUUUACCGUCUCACAGAGAAAGAGCUUAUAACGAUCUUGCCUGGAAACAUGGCAACAUUCAUUUAUCAGCACCAUGUAUAUAUAGCGAGGUGAUGGAAAGUCUUUCAUUGGAGCCAGGAUUGAGCUUUUUAAAUCUUGGAUCAGGAACUGGUUAUCUCAGUACAAUGGCAGGACUCAUAUUGAAUCAACACGGUACGAAUCAUGGCAUUGAGUUGCACGAAGAUUGUUUGAAUUACGCGUACGAGCGGCUAGAAGAGUUUAAGCAAAAGUCAUUAGCACUGGACGAAUUUGAUUUUUGCGAGCCAGUUUUUGUACAAGGGAAUUGUUUGAAUGUUACACCUAGUAGGCAGUAUAACAGAGUGUAUUGCGGGGCAGCGUGUCCCGAAAAUUACGAGGGAUUCAUUAAACAAUUUGUAUGUGUCGGAGGUAUCCUUAUAAUGCCGUUCAAAGAUCACCUGUUACGUGUACUCAGAAUAGACGAGGAUACCUGGUUACACUUUAAAAUGCUUCCCGUAUCGUUUACAACGUUAGUCGUACCCACUGCUUCGGAGCAAACGUUAUUCCAUCUACCUGAAUCUGUCCCGUUAUCUUUGCAAGAAUUAUGCAGAGGCAAAAUCAGACGCUGUCUGCGAUCGAACGUAUGGAGGGAGCACGAGGAUUUGGAGACGAAAGUAGUAAUAUCAUUGAGACGACGAAGAUUCAGUCCUCCCCAGCAAACUUUAACAAGAUUCGUGAUCCCCGUGCUGGGGGAGUCUGACGAAUCUGUGUCAGACGAGUCUGUAUCGGACGAAGACGACGAAUUUACAAGAAGAUUGUGCGUGUUGCUCAACGUAGAUGUCGACCCCAGGGAUCUGUACCCAACCUCUCAAGUGCGGGCUGUCAUGUUGUGCAACAUGAACGAAAGUCAGAAUUGGCAGGUGGUGAAUAGCAAUAGCAAUAGUAAUAGCAACGUUGAAUGGAACAAUGAAAGUCCUGAAAGUUCGACGGACAAUAACAAAUCUGUUUCGCGGACAGAAGAGGAUAACGGUGUACAAAUUGCAUCCAAUUCGACGGAAGAGAAACAAACGGAGAACAAAGCCGAAGCAACGCAGAAUUUCACCAACGUCAACGAAACGUAUUUGAAUCUGCUGAAGCAUACUGAAACGUUGUUAAAUAUAAGCGAAAGUGAUAGCGAAACGGAACAGGACGAGACAAUCGUUCAACGUAAAAAGAUGGCUAAACGAGAGAAAACGGACAGUGGCAUCGUGGAAGACGUGAACUUGAACAACGAGGAUAGCAGCCCCAGAUCGAAUAACAGUCAAUCAGAGUUAGAACCUCCUGUCGAUCCUCCGGACACGGCGGAAGCGAUGGACGUGGAUGCAUCGGGUAGCCCCCGUGACCAAAAUGUAAUAUUCGCCCGUUACGUAAACAGCGAUGCCUUUUAUACUUACAUGAAGGAGAAAAUACAUCAGUUACCAUUGCCUUUCUCAUCGAAGUUGUACCUAAACUAUAAUCGUAAGCUGUAAUAUAAGUAAAUUACAUACGCGAAUCAUA